CGGCAAACACCGGCUCCGGCAUGCGAAAAAAAUUGGGGGUAGAGCACCCCCCCCAUUUUUAGCCGUGUACGAACAUUUCAACCAGAACGCUUUCACAUCUUUUUUACUUUUCACAUCUUUUGAAGGUGAGCCUCGCUUGGUUUUUUGGCCUUCAGUCGUAUUUAUACUUAAUCCUAAGAGUUGUCUUAGUCUUGCUCAUCUAUCACAAUGCUUCCAGGGGGUGGCUCCCGCUUCCUACCGGUCCUUCUCGGCCGCGCGUCAGCUUCAUCCUCGUCUACUGGCACAACGCGGCGCAGGAGCAGCGAUUACCAUGUUGAUGACUUCGAAGAGCAGAUGAAGUGGACGGCUGAUGUAUCCUGCCGAAAAACGUUCACACUGCAGAGUUCGUAAAGCUAGUCUGUUUAUUGUGCAGCAGGAGAAGGGCCCCUUGCAGAUAUGUCUGAGCAUGUUCUUGCGGAUGCUGAAAGAAGCUGAAGCUCCCGAUGUUUGGAACAAGCCUUGCUCUGCUGGCAACAUGCGCAACAAAUCGACGUCGAGAAAGUACAAGUGGGUUGACAUUUAUUUUUCUUGUAUAUUUUUGUGCCGAUCAACAUGACCAGGAGCCUCCAAUCUUAGUCUUCAUCGAAGCGAAAUUUCUUUCGGGUUUCUGCUGCGAACGUUUUUGCACGGCUGGAUAAUACGAUAAGUCCGACGGUCGUCUCGGUGAAAGAGAAAGAGGAAAUACUAGCAGCAUUCCAAUCGGAGUAGGUUCGAUAAAACCAAGCGAGGAUCACAACAUCGGGCAGCACCCCCAGCUGCACAGGUCGUUCAUUCGUCCUAACGCGAACGCGGACCUUUCAGCGGCAGACGUUGUCUCUGGGUCAACAAUUUUGAAUGGUAAUCCGUCGGUGCUAGCAGGAUCUGGCGGUGGCACAACGCUUCGCAGGGUACGCAGAGACCGUGGCUGCAGCGCCACAGCAAGAAGUCCACCUGCGGUGUUGCCGCAACGUCUCGUCCCAAGAGACAUGGCCGAAGCUGCAUUACUAUUCUCCCGGACAGGUACUAGCGCCAGCCUCGUAUACUGUGAGCAGGUGGCAAGCUCGCUAAAGCGGCACGGCAGCGGGGGGAAGAAGUCUGACCCGGCGCCGGAGGAAGUGAAAUACUUUCGGUGGGUAUCCACAGAAAUAAAAAACCCUUCCACAUCCUAAGAAGCAGCACUAGUUGCCGCAGUGCCGAACAACUAGGACAGUUUUCUUUUAAACCCUUUACUGGGUAACAUCAUCAUCAUCAUCAUCAUCCAUUUUUUGCAUGACCACAAACACAUGAGCAUGACUUUAAUAUACGUGUGCUGCAUGACAAAUUUUAUGUGGAUGGGUUUUUUUCUGUGGAUAGUGGGCGGAGAUCGCGGAGCACAAUUCGAUUGGGAAACGGGUCUGGGUGACCUACGGCGAUGGCGUCUACGACAUCACCGAUUACCUGCCGAGCCACCCGGGCGGCGCGGGCAAGGUUCUGCAGGCUGCGGGGAAGGCGGUGGAUCCGUACUGGAAGGUGUACCAGCAGCACUUUCGCACGAACGAAGCGCUGACGCUGCUAGAAAAGUACAAAAUCGGCGAGAUCCACCCGGACGAGCCCGAGAUCGAGUACGACGACGUCGACCCCUACGAGAGUGACCCGGAGAACCGCGACUAUCCUCAGCAAAAACGUCCCCACCCCAGAGUUGUAAUGCAAAUGCGCAAUGACAGGAACAUUUGUAAUGCGCAUCCCCAUCAGAGGCAUUUCCAGUCGUGGUUUGUCUUUUGUAAUGCUGUAAACAGGAUGAGAAAUUGGCUUUCUCAUGCGGCUUGCCUUGCUAAGCAUCACUAUACUACAGACGCCCGGAAACUUGUCGUGCGAAGCAACCAAAUAUGGCUGAUUUGUCUAGCAGAUUUCCCAUCUUGACUCUGGUAUGGGUAUGUUUUUACACAGGAUAGCGACCCGCGACUCAUUUACCACAACCUGAAGGCCUGCAACGCGGAGCUGCCGCGCCACCUCCAGAUGCAGAGCUGGCUGACGCCCGACCACCUCUGGUUCGUGCGCCACCACCACCCGGUUGCCUAUCUUUCGGAGAAAACAUACCAGCUGCAACUAUCCUCUCCAAAAAACGUUCGCUCCACGUCAUCACUUAUUUUUUCUGCACUCAUGUUCACCCAUCUUUUCUGCACUCAGGUGGGAACUACUUUGCUAGUACCCAAGCCCAACCUCGGCACGCAUUGUUCUUGACGUGGACAUCACCUAAUUAUAAAUGCGACUGUACGUCGACCACAGCGCCACUUUCCAUUCUCCCACGUCGUGGAUGUUGACUUUUAGCGGAGCUGCACCGUGCUGGUUUUACUAGCUAUCAAUCUAUCAGCAGGGCGUGAGCGACAAUUUCAAUGUGGGCAUGUAGACGUUGUUUUGAACAGGAUAGUAUCUUGCUACGCCUGCGGGGCUGCAGGCGACACUGACGCUGGACGCUCUGAAGCGGAUGAAGUCCGUCACUCUCCCGGUCACCGUGCAGUGUGGUGGAAAUAUCCGCAGAAAAAGACCCAUCCCGAUGCAGUCUGUCACGUGAAAUAGCACCAAGUCAUCUUUCUGUGUUUGUUAUGCGAAGUAUUAAAAUGGAUGGGGAAGAUGGGACUUUUUCUGUCGAUCGGAAAUCGACGCUCGCACAUGAACGCCAAAGAAAAGACCAGCGGAAUUGCCUGGGGCACGGGCGGCAUCUCCACCGGCGCGUUCACGGGGGUUCGGCUCUGUGACCUGCUGCGCAAAAUUGGUAUCGCCGACCCGGAUGCGGUGGAGCAGCAGAACAUCAAGCACAUCGUGUUUCACGCCAAGGACGGCAUGAGCGCCUCCAUUCCAGUCGAGCACGCGCUGGACCCCUACGGUGGGGCGCUUCUUGCCUGGGACAUGAACGGCAAGCCCCUAUCGGCCGAGCACGGAUUUCCAUUGCGCCUGGUGGUGCCCGGGCAGGUCGGCGUGCGCCACGUCAAGUGGGUCACCAAAAUCGAAGCCUCCACAGAGGAGGCCCACGGCCCCUGGCAGAGAGGUACUUACUACAACUUGGUUUAUCAUGUAUCGCUUUCGGAGCUCGUCGUAAAAUAUUAAUUUGAGGUUUAUACACCGUAUGCUGUCAUCAUUCUCAGAAGUGUGAAUAGCAUCAUGUUGUCCAAGCGGGUGGAGGCAGAUGUGGGCAGUAUGAAGACCAAGGGCACAUCACACGUGGGAAGAUCUCUGUCCUCCCUGUGAUUCGUUCGGAACGGAAUUUAGAGUUGUAGCACAAUAGACAUAGAAAGUGCAAGUGGAAGAAAAAUAUGCUGCAUAGACCACACAACAACGAACUCGUUGCGACUGAUGGUCCUCUUCGCUGCAACUGCAUCUGGUGGUGGUCCUCUUCGUGCCUCUUGAGCUAAGGAUCUCCCGCGUCCUCGGCCCAGAUGAGGAGUUACCUACCUAUUUCGAAUCUGUGCUCAUAUCUUUGUGCUCACAAGGUAUCGCGUACAAAGGGUUUCCUCCCAGUCUCAAAGAUUUCAAAGACGCGGACCCCGAAAAAAUUCCAUCCAUGCAGAAAGUUCCUGUCCAGUCGGUGAUUUGCUUUCCUGCCACCGGAGACGCUUUGGAUGUGCAGGUUUUAUUCUUGAGUUAGAAUCCUUUGUCAGAUGUCAUUCUCAGCUGAUACACCGCGUGGCUUUUUUUGUAUUUGCUACCGCUGCUGGUUGCUUUGCUUUAGUGGCGUAGCAGCAGCUGCACAUGAGGUUUUUUACAUACAAAAUGAAAUUCAUCUCAUUCAUGUUUGCAUAUUGAUGCUCUGCUCCAGUUUGUGAUCGUCGUUCUUGCCGAACAACCGCGAAAGUAUCUACUAGUCGACCUCGAGCUUCGCUCUUGCAGCGCGCAAGUGGAUGAAACCGAUAAUGCACAGGCAACAGACCGGAGCAAUCGGAAGAGCGGUGACGGGGCCCUGUCGUUCUGGUCAUCUCUUUUUGGCGCCAACUCCAACAGCAGUAGCGCCUCUGCAGCAGAAAGUGCCGGUGAUGGCGGGUUGCCGCCGACCGCUGAAACGUAUGGAGUGCGCUUUUCCGAGAAAUUGGAACCGUGUGUAAGGGUUCGGGGCUGGGCGUACUCGGGAGGCGGAAACGGAAUCGUGCGAGUCGAUGUAAGCAGUGACAAUGGGACGAACUGGCAUACUGCGGAGCUAAAACAAGGGUACUUCUCCUUUACAUACAUUUACAUGUAAUAAUGAGCUUACCACUAGCGUGGUACAGGUGGUAUUCCAUGACCUGCAUGGCGGCUCGGGUUUCGUAGCUAGUCCUAGUGCGAGAAGAAAGUCUGCAAGUGGAUGAAGUCCCUGUACUGUCAAGUAGUAGCAGAUAUAGAUUUUGUAGCGAUCAUGCCUCUGUUGAGGGGGCACUGUGAUAAAAUGAGAAUUCGUGCUGCAUCUUGAAACAAUAACAGAUCGGAGCAGCCCAUCAAUCGUGCGUACGCUUGGACAUUUUGGGAGAUUGAUCUUCCACUAGCGAAAGACGCAGCCGCCCUGAAACAAAUGGCAAAAAACGGAGAGCAGCCCGUUCUCGUCUGCAAAGCCAUUGACGCAAGCUACAACGUGCAGCCCGAGACCGUUGAUGGCAUUUGGAAUGCGCGCGGGCUCAACAACACCUCUUGGCACCGGGUGCCGCUCAAGCUGCAAAACCCCGGAGCAUGAAUUUGCUCUCAGUUGUCGUGUAAGUAGAAGUACUUUCUUUGAGUAUUAGGUUUUCCUCGGUUUUCGGGUUCGUGGUCGGGAGGAGCAUUGUGUAGCUUAGGCUGGUCGCUGCGUGGGAUGUUCUUUACCUUCAGUGGCUGUCAGGAUCGGAACAGCCAGCAUCACCUAGCACCAUCGUACAGCCAGCCGUCUUCAUGGCGGGCGGAUAGUUUCGUACCUGAAGGACUUUUUUAAAACUCUGGGACUCGUCCUCUCUCUCGCUCGUCUCGGCACUUCGUGCAUCCCUGUAUAGCAACAUGAAGCAGACUCUAAUUGAUUCUAUCUUCGCGCAAUGCCUUCCGUUUGGAGUUCACAAGGUUUGAUAUUGUCCUGUUCUUUAUACAAGCCGAAGCAGGAGAAGGAGUUUUAGUAAUCGAGCGUAGAGCUUCAGCUUGUUGCUCAGGUGGAUGCCGAUGCCACAUCGAGAGCACGUACCGAAUAUCAUAUCCAAGUUUUGGUUUUGCAAGUUGUUUCAAAAAAAAUUGAAAUUGCCGGCGCCUUAUGCAACCUGUUCAAAAAUCAACUCUUUUUCAUAUCGAGAAUGCGAUGCAACGUAUUCUUAAAAUUAUUUUUCACUGUAUGUUAGUGCGACCACUAAGUGUAGCUAGCCCAUUCUAUGCGUCGUCCGAUAUCAAAGAGUCAACAUCGAAAGACUGCAAGAAAAAUGAUGACUGUGAUGAAGACCACAGGAGUAGGUACGAUCUAGCUCCUUCGACGAAAUCAGAGGGGAUUCAUUGAUGUUUCGGUUUCAAGACAGUAAGGAAGUCGCGAU